UUAUUAUUUUUUAUUCAUUGGUUUUGAUAUACCUAAUACCUAUGUUUGAUUUCAAAAAUUGGCAAUAAAUAUUUCUACUCGCACCAACCAGUCUCACCUGUGCUUACUGGGUAGUGGGUAUUCUACAUUAUGUUAAUGAACUGAAUAUCAAAGUUUAGCUUUCGUCACUUUCAUUAAAGAUCUUCAUAGUCUAAGUAUAGUCUCAAUUCUCGAUUGGAUUAGUUCUGUCAUUUUUUCACAUCUAUUCUACACAUUUAUCAACUCAUACAUAUUAAACUGAAUGUUUUCAAUUUUUCUAGUAGUCAUUUCUGUUUAUUGUCAGUGAUGUAUAGUUAAAUAGCCAUAUUGAUUAUUUUAUACUAGAAGUUUAAACCCACACUCAACCUUACCUGGGUUAUGUUUUGUUAAAAAUAAAUAAUAGAUUUAAAGCAGCAGUCAUGAAGUGUUCAGAUUGUGGUUCUCUGAACCUUGAUUCCAGUGAUGGACCGACAGUAUGUAUGGAUUGUGGUGGUGUCAUGGACGAAUCACAUAUUGUCUCUGAAGUCCAAUUCGAAGAAACUGACCAUGGAUCUCGUGCUGUUGGACAGUUUUUAUCUUCUGAUUCUCAAGCUGCUAAUUUUCACAACUUUGGCAGCGCUUUCCAUCAUGGCAUGAAGCAACCGUCUCGAGAAAUGACUCAAGCCAAAGCUAGGCGUGGUAUUCAAGUAUUAAGUAACAGUCUCAACCUUAGUCCUCAAACUUUGGAAAACGCUUGUGUUUAUUACAAUAUGGCAUUAAAAAGACAUUUUACACGAGGAAGAAAAAAUGCUUUAAUUUAUGCAGCGUCUGUUUAUAUAGCAUGCCGUAUGGAAGGCACUAUGCACAUGUUAUUAGAUGUAGCUGAUGCUAGUGAAGUUAAUGCAUUUGAACUUGGAAAGACAUACCUGAGAAUGAUGCAAACAUUGACUCUAACAGUGCCUAGUCUUGAUCCUAGUAUUUUCCUCAUGCGUUUUGUUAAUUCUCUAGAUUUUGGUGAUAAGACCCAUAUUGUGUACACAACAGCAAUGCGAUUACUACAAAGAAUGAUGAGGGACUCAAUUCAUACAGGUCGAAGACCAUCUAGUUUAUGUGGUGCAGCUUUAUUGAUUUCAGGGCGUAUGCAUGAUUUUAACCGCACUACUGAUGACAUUAUUAAAGUUGUUCACUGUCACCAUGCCACUUUGAAGAAACGAUUACUAGAGUUCAAAGAUACACCUUCUAGUAUGUUAUCAAUAGAAGAGUUUAUGACUGUUGAUUUAGAAGAAACACAUGAUCCUCCGUCCUAUCGGGUAGCUCGUGCUAGAGAUAAGGAGCGUAUAGAUAAGUUUUUUGAAGCAAACGAUAGUGAAAAAGUGAUUGACGAAGUAAAAACUGCAAUUGAAAAAGAACUAAGUAAGAAAAAAAAUACUACAGUUUUAGGUAUCAAUUUGGUAGAAAUUGCAGCAACAGCAUCUUCUUCUGAACCUGGAGGUAGUUGUAAACAACCCGUUAAUGUAGGACCUUCGUUAGAAAUUAUGGGUUUAUCUGAAAAUAAACGGUCUUAUGAAGAUGAUGAUGAAGAAGAAUCACUAUGUGAUGUUAUAAUAGAUGAAGAUGAGAUUGAUUCUUAUAUUCUGUCUAAGGAAAGCCAUCAAAUCAAGAGAAACAUGUGGAUGAAAAUGCAUGGUACUGCUUUUAGGAAAAUGCAAUUAAGUAGAGAAGAAAGAGCAAAGAACCCAAAGGUUAUUAGAGCUAAAGAAAAAAAAGCCAAAAAUUCAUUACGGACACCAGCAAAGACAGCAGCUGAAGCUGUGGAACGGGUUUUGAAAAAGAAAAAACUAUCAUCAAAAAUUAACUAUGAUAUACUCGACAAUCUUGAUAGUUUUGUUAAUUCUGAUUCCUCAUCCCUACCUGGACUAUAACUUAUUUUAUUUUGUAAUAUUUAAAUGUUUUUUUUUUUUGUAUUUAGUUGCUAUGUUAAGUAUAAAUUAGGCAUGCAAGUAAAAUUUUUUUUUACAUAAUUUAUACAUUUGAAUAUGAUUUAAGUCAAUAUACUUUCUUACAAAAAAAAAAAUUAGACAAAUUUAAUAGUAUUACAAACUAAUAUUUUCUUUGGAACAAGUAUUUAUUAAAGAAAGCUUUUUGUCUAAUUACAUUCAAACUGUAAUAAAUUCAAAUUGUUAUGUUUGUAUUAAUUAUUAUGUAAUUAUUUUAUACUAUUAAGAAUACAACAUCUAUGACACUUUGUAUUCUAUUUGCUUUGUUUUACAACAUAUAAGACUAAAUAAUGUCUAAUCCAAAAUUAUGUUCUGUACUUAACCCAGAGUCGUAAGUUAAAAGGUUGACAUGUCCAUGUCAAAAUUAUCUAUCUACAAAAGUGUCAAGAAUAAAAUAAUUUUAUGUAA